AAGCAGCAGGCAAGGAUGGACGUGGUCGACAGCCUUCUUGUGAAUGGAAGCGACAUCACUCCUCCCUGUGAACUUGGGCUCGAAAAUGAGACGCUUUUCUGCUUGGAUCAGCCCCAUCCUUCCAAAGAGUGGCAGCCGGCGGUGCAGAUUCUCCUCUACUCCUUGAUAUUCCUGCUCAGCGUGCUGGGAAACACGCUGGUCAUUACGGUGCUGAUUCGGAACAAGAGGAUGAGGACCGUCACCAACAUCUUCCUGCUCUCCCUGGCUGUCAGCGACCUCAUGCUCUGCCUCUUCUGCAUGCCUUUCAACCUGAUCCCCAACCUGCUCAAGGAUUUCAUCUUCGGAAGUGCUGUUUGCAAGACCACCACUUACUUCAUGGGCACUUCUGUGAGUGUAUCCACCUUUAAUCUGGUAGCCAUAUCUCUGGAAAGAUAUGGUGCAAUUUGCAAACCCUUACAGUCCCGAGUCUGGCAAACAAAAUCCCAUGCUUUCAAGGUGAUUGCUGCUACCUGGUGCCUCUCCUUUACCAUCAUGACUCCGUACCCCAUUUAUAGCAACUUGGUGCCUUUUACCAAAAAUAACAACCAGACCGCAAAUAUGUGCCGCUUUCUACUGCCAAAUGAUGUUAUGCAGCAGUCCUGGCACACGUUCCUGCUACUCAUUCUCUUUCUUAUUCCUGGAAUUGUCAUGAUGGUGGCAUAUGGAUUAAUCUCUUUGGAACUCUACCAAGGAAUAAAAUUUGAUGCUAGCCAGAAGAAAUCUGCUAAAGAAAGGAAACCGAGCACCGGCAGCAGCGGCAGAUACGAGGACAGUGACGGGUGUUACGUGCAGAAGUCCCGGCCGCCGGGGAAGCUGGAGCUUCAGCAGCUGUCCACCAGCAGCAGCGGCAGGGUCGACCGCAUCAGGAGCAGCAGCUCCGCGGCCAACCUGCUGGCCAAGAAGCGCGUGAUCCGCAUGCUCAUCGUCAUCGUGGUCCUCUUCUUCCUGUGCUGGAUGCCCAUCUUCAGCGCCAACACCUGGCGGGCCUACGACACCGCCUCUGCCGAGCGCCGCCUCUCGGGGACCCCCAUCUCCUUCAUCCUCCUCCUCUCCUACACCUCCUCCUGCGUCAACCCCAUCAUCUACUGCUUCAUGAACAAACGCUUCCGCCUCGGCUUCAUGGCCACCUUCCCCUGCUGCCCCAAGCCCAGCACUCCGGGGGCGAGAGGAGAGGCGGGAGAGGAGGAGGAGGGCAGGACCACGGGCGCCUCGCUGUCCAGGUACUCGUACAGCCCCAUGAGUGGCUCCGCGCUGCCCCGGUGAGCUGUCCCCGGGCCUCCACUAUAGACGGAAGGCGGCGUGGGGGAGAAAGAAGAGGAGGAAAAGAAGACGGAAGCGGAAGUGACGACGGAAGGCUCCACUUCCGGUGGGAACUACUUACUUUAUGCUUUUCAUCUUUUGUCCGGUUCCGGAAGUGGAAGCAAUGCUAGGGUGGGGCCCUAACAUGGUUUCUAGGCAGUUCAAGGCAGGAAAUUUUCAAUGACCUUUACCAUCAGAAAAACUGCAGUAGAUCAGUGAUUCAGGGGUCCGAAAGAGCUCCUGCCAAGCACAUGUUCAAAAUGGAGAUGUGGACCCUACUGAGCUUUAGAAGGUUCUAGAACGUCCAAGGUGGGCUCUCCCUGUAAUGACACAUUUCUAUGCUCUGCCUUUCUGCUCAUGCAGGACUGUGGAGGCUGCUUUGCCCCUGGGGAGUCCCUCACUCUUUCAUGUAGUACUGUAGUCACCUGUCUCAUGAUGACUGCAGAGGGACCAGGAAGCAAACCCUCUCAGGCCUUUUUUUGAUUUUUUUAACUUGAGGUUGGUCAAGGACAUUCAGAGACAUAAGCUUAUGUCAUCAUCAGAAUAGCAUAAGGAACAUUGUCUGGAAAAUAGAAUUUAAAAUUGAACGUUUCUAGAAAGAAAAGAGACUCCAAGGCAGGUAGCUGAUG